AUGCCAGCACCUCCUCCUCCUCCGCCGCCGCCUCCUCCCCCGGGUGCUGCAGGUCCUCCUCCCCCUCCACCACCACCCGGAGGAGCACCUGGAGGGAUGCCCUCACGACCUCCUGCUUCUGGGAAUAGAAACGCCCUAUUAUCAGAUAUCCAGAAAGGAAAGUCCCUAAAGAAGGCUGUUACAAAUGAUCGAUCUGCACCAGUUGUUGGGAAGACAUCAUCUGGUGGUGGUCCUGUACUUGGAGGAGCGCCAGCAGUUCCUGGUGGGCUGGCACCGCCAGUUCCUGGAAACCGAGCGAGAAGCAAUAGCGAUCAAGGCUCUGGCCAGGCAGCGAGCUCGGGCAUGGAGUCGGCAGCGCCACAACUCGCUGGGCUAUUUGCUGGUGGUAUGCCAAAGCUGAAGAAGCGAGGUGGAAUAGAUACGGGGGCAAAUUCAGAUGCCUCAUAUCUCUCGGAUCCUGGAGAGUCGAGAAGUUCAGCACCUAAACCUCCUGGUGCUCCGAAACCACCAAGUGGUGCAGCGCCUGCUAUACCUGGACGUGGUCUUCCCAUUCUCUCUCCCGGCGCAGCAGGCCACUUGCGCAAGACAACGCCCCUAGGAGGAUCAAAACCUCCUCCACCACCGAUUGGUAAAAAGCCGCCUCCUCUGCCGACAUCUCGGAAGCCUUCUUCAAAAGCCAUUUCCCCAGCUGCUGCUGCGCCGACACCACCUCCGCCUCCGCCGCCAGCCAGUGCAGCCCCUACUCCAUCUGCUCCUCCCCCCCCCCCCCCCCCCCCCGCCGGCACUAUCUGCUCCUAG